AUGUCAUCUAAUAUCGAUAUAGCACUUUCAACAUUAACACUUCUAAGUGUAUAUAGUGGAUUUUUUUUAUUAGAAAAAUUACGCACAUUAGAACAUCGAAUUGAAAAUAAAAAACGUCAUAUUCAAAUAUCAGAAAUGGAAUUAUGGCAAUUAAAUUCCGAUAUAUCACGAUCAAUUUUAAAAGAUAUUCAUUUAACAGAUAAAUUACAAGAAUUAAAGUCAGAUGAAAUAUGUUGGUAUAAACAACAACAACAAAAUGAAUUACAUAUCUAA